CUUUAUGAAAUCAUAAGAUCUUCCUUUCCCGCUUUGUGAUCGUGUUAUAAGCUUGUUCUCAUAGCCUUCUUCUGCUCUGAAAUUCGCCCAUCUACCAAUCUCAAACCAUGGUUGGAAGAGCAAAUGUAAAUAAGGUAACUAUCAAUGAAGCAAUUGCAUUCACGCAGGCGGUAAAGAAAACAUUUCAGAACCGAGCGUGAAAAGUAUGACGAAUUCGUUGACAUCUUGAAGGAAUGUACAGCUAACACGUAUGGUUUUCAGUUUAUACUCAACCCUUUGUCCUAGAUCAUGUAAACUAUAUGGUUCUGACAUUCUGAUUAAGUCGAAUUGUAGAAUGGGCAUAUCUAGUGCUGUAACGAGGUUGAAGGAAGUGUUCAAAGGUCAUCAAGAGUUAAAUUUGGGGUUUGGUACAUUCUUAUCCUCUGACUAUAAUAAAACCACACUCCAGCGUAAGAAGGAGAAACCUGUUACCAUCAUAAAAGCAUAUAGUUUUGCCAAGAAGGUUAAGGCAAGGUUUAAGGGCAAUGAUGUUCACGUACAUAAAGCAUUUCUACACAAUUUAAACAUGUACACAAGUAGAAGCAAGUCCAUCAUUGAUGUUUACCAUCGAUUUGGCAUACUGUUUUGGGAUCAUCCCGAUUUGCUUGUGGAAUUGAAUUGCUUUCUGCCAGCUUCGUCAAAGGGUCCAGUUCGUGAAGGAGGGAUUGCUAUGUUAUUUCAAUCGCUUCAGUUUAUAUAAA